AUGCUUCUCUUUAUGAAAAUACUAUUACUGUACUUACUAACAAUUGUCUGCGCUGAUAAAGAGCGUGUAGCCGACGGAGCAACAUCUAGAAUCAAUCGCCAUCAUGAGGGCGAUCUUGAUCAUCACGCGGAUCAUCAAGCUGUCUUAGGUUCAAAGAAGAGUGCUGACGAAUUCGAUGAUCUUCCUCCAGCUGAAGCUAAAAGAAGGCUUCAAGUUAUUGCCAAUAACAUGGAUAUCAAUAAAGAUGGCUUCGUAGAUGCUUCAGAGCUCACAACAUGGAUUGAAAACUCAAUGCUAUCCCUAGACAACGAAGAGGUGGAAGAACGAUUAACGGAAAUAGACACGAACGGAGAUAAUCUGAUAACGUGGGCAGAAUAUGUAUCAGAUUCAUUCCCCGAAGAAGAUAUGAACAGUCUUGAUCCUGAUGAUCGUAAACUCCUUCAAGAGGACGAAAAAUAUUUCAAAAGUGCUGAUGUUGACAAAGACGGCAAAUUGAGCAGAGACGAAUUAGCAGCCUUUUUGAAUCCUGAGAAUUAUCCACAUAUGCAUCAAACCCUAGUUGAAGUUACUUUGUGGGAAAAGGACAUUAAUAAGGAUGGAGCUAUAGAUAUUGCAGAAUUUUUAGGAGAAAUGGCAGAGAACCCUCAGAAUGAAUGGCAUUCAGUCGAAAAGAACAGGUUUAUGUCUGAGUAUGACGAGAAUGGAGAUGGUGUUCUGAGAGGGGAUGAAAUACGCAAAUGGCUUAUUCCAGAUGCCAAAUCUGUCGCUGUUCAAGAAGCGAAGCAUUUGAUAAACGGAGCUGAUAAGGAUCAUGAUGGUAAACUAUCAAUUACGGAGAUAGUAGACGAACACAAACUGUUUGUGGGUUCUGAGGCGACAAACUAUGGUGAUGCACUUCAUCAAAUAUCUCAUAACGAGCUAUAA